GAUUGUCAUAUAGCCACGUGCUAAAGUCAAAAUCAUUUAAAGAUAACCUCACUUUUGUUUUGGUUAUUAAACUCUAAAAAUGGAAAAUAACGAAUCAAAUAUUAAUAUUGAUGUAAAAGCUUUUAAUUUAACUAAUAAUAAAAGGAAAGCGGUCGGUGAAACUCCUAUGGAAGUUGAAAUUCACAAUGGAAUUGAAGGUAAAUCCAAAAAUAGGCCCUCAGAUUCAAAGAAAAAACGAGCCAGCGGAGAUAAAUCGGAAACUUUUCGGAAAAUUCACGUCCCCGCUCACCGCUACACACCUUUAAAAGAAAAUUGGUUAAAAAUUUUCAAACCAAUCACGGAACAUUUACAUUUAGAGGUUAAGUUUAAUUUAAAAACGAGACAUGUUGAAAUAAGGACGUGUGAAGCUACGGAAGAUAUAGGAAAUAUACAAAAAGCGGCCGAUUUUGUUAAAGCGUUUGUUUAUGGUUUUGAUGUUGAAGAUGCUUUGGCGUUGAUUCGAUUGGAUGAUUUAUUUGUGGAAACUUUUGAAAUAAGGGAUAUUAAAACUUUGCAAGGUGAUCAUCAAUCGAGAGCGAUCGGCCGAUUGGCUGGAAAAGGUGGACGAACCAAAUUUACCAUUGAAAAUGCGACCAAAACUAGGAUUGUUUUAGCUGAUUCUAGAAUACAUAUUUUGGGAAGUUAUCAAAAUAUUCAAGUUGCUAGGAGAUCAAUUUGUAAUUUGGUUUUGGGAUCACAACCUUCCAAGGUUUAUGGUCAUUUAAGAAAUGUUAGUAGUAAAUUAUCAGAGAGAAUAUAAAUUUAGAAUUUAAUAAAAAAAUGUUUUUUAAUUUA